UUUUUAUUACUUUUACUUUUUGUAUAUGGAAAUAUCAUUCUUUUCUCCCCAACAAAAUCUGAUUGCGCCUAAUUCUUGCAGCGACCCAAAUCUAAGAUUACGGCAUCCAGGAGGUUGUUCUUAAAGACAAAGCUGCUGAAGAAAGCAACCUCUAUGCUUGUAACUGAAAAAGAAGAAAAGCAGAGGGAGAGAGAGGCCACCUUGCGUGAGAGAGUGCCUCCUUUACAACUGUCCGGUCUGUCUGUUCAAGAUCUCCAGGCUCUCUGUAAAGACCUCCAUCAAAAGAUUGAUGUUGUAGAUGAAGAGAGAUAUGACGUCUCCGUCAAAGUGGCCAAAAAUGAAAAGGAGAUUACAGAUUUGACCAUCAAGAUUACCGAACUUAGAGGUAAAAUGAAGAGACCUGCACUGAAGAGGGUGAAGAUCUCUGCCGAUGCCAUGUUGGGUGCUCUUUUGGGCUCCAGGGUGAAAGAGUCUGUGGAUUUCAAAGCCAACCUCAAGACAGUCAAGAAAGAAGAGGAAAAGAAAGAAGAGGUGACUGACUGGCGUAAGAACGUGGAGGCCAUGUCUGGAAUGGAGGGCAGGAAGAAGCUGUUUGAUGCUGGACAAUAGAAGAUACACUUAAAAAACUUGAUGGUGACAACUACACCAGAAUUAAUAAACGUAUUAAAAUUAAUGUAUAAAUCAAUGCAAGUUCAUAAAACACAUAUAUCCUAUUGUAAUAACAUUUUAGGAUUAUGACUUAAUAUUUUAUUUUAGUUAAAAAGAAACUGCAUAUAAGAUAUUUAGACAAGAAAACAGUGUUUGAAACUUACUUGAUGUCUACUUGAUGGUUUCUUCGAUGUUGAGCCCAUUUUCUGUCUUAAAAAUAAAAACAAAGAA